CAGAGGUUAGCCAUGUCGCACAUCAACACCACUGGGCUGCAGUCGCUCCUGGUGUCCUUACUGCAGCACUGCCUCAACAGUACAAGUAUACUGUCCCCACCGAUACCUCAGAACUACACCACGCAGCAGGCUGUGCACUUCGUGACUGGAGCUAGGGUCCAUGCUCAGUCGCAGGGAAUCAUGUAUAUCCUUCUGGUGGUUGGCAUGUUCAGCUUCUUCACGUUCGGCAUCAUGCUCAGCUACAUACGCUCCAAGAAGCUGGAAAGCUCUCAUGACCCAUACCAUCAGUAUAUCGCUCAAGACUGGAACAAGGUCAUGACUCCAUCCAGGGCCGUCGCUCAGGCUCUGCACGGGGAGGCUGGGGGUAACGGAGCCAGCAGCAGGGAGCCAGUCAUCAUCUGCAACCGGGCAACACUGGAUCGGCUGCCAGCUUAG